AAAGAAAAAAAAAUUGUUUCCCUUAGGAAGCUUUCGUAUGUUUGUUAGUUAGGUUAAAAUGUCUAAUAAUUAAAGUUAUACAGUUACAGUGUAAAAUUAUUAGUAUUAGCAACAUAAACAUUGGUGUAAAAAUUAUUAUUACAGAAAUUAAAACAAAUUAAGUAUGAGAGAGAUUAAAGACUGCCCAAGCCAAGUCACUGAAGUCAUAAAUUGAAGCUAUGACUAACAGGAUGCCGAGCUUCUAGAGGGAUUUGUUUUUAGCAAGGGGAGGGCCCUGUUUCCCCUUCUGACACGCGCUUUGUCGUACUCCCUCCUUGCUAACCAAGAGGAGCAGAACACGGAGCAGCCUGGCGGUGUCCCAGCAACAAGCCUCCGUUUCUCCUUCCUGUACCCUGGGGCUCCUGAAACUCACCUGGGUGAAAAAGAUACAGUAAAGAGAUAAAUACAACAUUUGACAGAUGGACAAAAAGGAGUGUCAUGAAGAGAGUAGCAGCAGUGAUGAAGAGCUGUCGAGACGGGUAUACAGGGAGUUACCCCCUGUUUCUCAGAUGUGCGGUAGCAUCUUAUAUUUUUUCCGAGAAGGUGAUGAGACAGAGGCCGAGGCAUUAUGGUUCACUGCUUCUCCUGAGGAUCAACCAUCUGGGGAGGACAUUCCCAGGAGAUAUUUGCUCAGAAGAGAAUCAAAUAGUUUCCUCUUAUGCUGCUAAACUCGGUUUUGAGGUUGAACAAGAUUACACAAAUCAUCAGUUUCUGGGGCCUGAAGGAAAUGUGGAUGUUGAGUUGAUUGAUAAGAGCACAAACACAUACAGCCUUCGGUUCCCCACUGCUGGCUGGUAUCUGUGGUCAGCCACCGGCCUCGGCUUCGUGGUAAGGGAUGCGGUCACCGUGACGAUUGCGUUUGGUUCCUGGAGUCAGCACCUGGCCCUGGACCUGCAGCACCAUGAACAGUGGCUGGCGGCCGGCCCCCUGUUUGCCGUCACUGCAGAGCCAGAGGAGGCUGUGGCCGAAAUCCACCUCCCCCACUUCAUCUCCCUCCAAGGUGAGGUGGAUGUCUCCUGGUUCCUCGUGGCCCAUUUUAAGGAUGAAGGGAUGGUCCUGGAGCAGCCAAGCCGGGUGGAGCCUUUCUAUGCUGUCCUGGACAACCCCAGCUUCUCCCUGAUGGGCAUCCUGCUGCGGAUCGCCAGGGGGACUCGCCUCUCCAUCCCCAUCACCUCCAACACGUUGCUCUAUUUUCACCCCCACCCCGAAGACAUUAAGUUCCACUUGUACCUUGUCCCCAGCGACGCCUUGCUGACGAAGAUGAUAGAUGAUGAGGAAGAGCGCUUCUGUGGUGUGCGUCUACAGACUUCACCCCCAGUGGAACCCCUGACCUUUGGUGCCCAUUAUAUUGUGUCUAAUUCUGCUCAUCUGGAAAUAAUACCCACGGAGUUGAAAUUGUCCUACCGGAGCCCUGGAGAAAUCCAGCCCUUCUCGAAAUUCUAUGCUGGGCAGAUGAAGGAACCCAUUCAACUUGAAAUUACUGAAAAAAGACAUGAGAUUCUGGUCUGGAAGACUGUGGUGAAGCCAGUGGAUAUCCAGCUUGGAGCUGCACCCGCCCCACCUGCCUUCUCAGGUGCAGCCUUUGUGAGGGAGGGGAACCACCGGCAACUCCAAGCCAGGAUUGGGGACCUGAAAGGGGUGCUCGAUGAUCUCCAAGACAAUGAGGUUCUCAGUGAGAAUGAGAAGGAGCGUGAGCAGGCAAAGACACGGCAAAGCAAGACCGACGCCCUGCUGAGCAUGGUGGAGAAGAGGGACCGGGCCCUGGAGCUGCUCUUCAGAAGCCUUAGUGAAAGGGACCCUUACCUCGUGUCCUAUCUUAGACAGCAGAGUUUGUAAAGGGAGUCAGUCCGAGAGUGUGGAGAGGAGAAUCCAGCGUUCUCAUUGGAAAUGAAUGAGGUAGAGAUGCAUCCUUGAUUCCAGUGUCCAAAACAGAGGAGGGCUGGGUCACAUGUGCCCAUCACACAGGCUUUGGGGACAGAUACGUCACCGGAAGAUACCCAUGGGCUGUAUCCCCAUGCCUUUCCCUCAAGAAUAUCUGAAGAAAAUAACAAUCGUGCUUUUAAAUCUUUCUAACCGUGUGCUCGACAUAUGACUGUUCCAUCCAUUGACACGUUUCCCGAAGACCCAGGGUGAGUAAGUCAAGGCAGUUGUGUUUAUAUAUGACAGAGCUCCAGAAAGGAAAAUUCUCCUGAUGAACCUGAAAACCAACUUUUAUGGACACUCUGUUUGAUGUCUCACCAUUCCACCACAAAAAGCAGGAACGCUAACAAAACCUCUCAAUCGAAGAGACUCAAGGUAUUUCUUAAUGGUAUUGGUUUUAUAUACGUUGUCCUUUAACAUUUUAUCUAUUGCUGUUAUUACUAGAAUAAUGUAAGUAUGUUAUUCUACAAGUACCCGGAGGCGGAGGCUGCAGUGAGCCGAGGUCGCACCAUCACAUUCCAACCUGGGCGACAGAUGGAGACUCCAUCAAAAAAAAAAAAAAAACCCUUGGGAAAUUGCUAUGUAUCUUGUACUUU